AAGCUCACGUCAGAAUCGGGUUAAACUGUGUCUCCGAGAAGCAGCUACUCUAGGGUGCCGAUCAUGGCCGGUUCUGUUUCUACGGAGGAGGAUUCCUCUCGCCCAGAGAAGACGCCGAAGUUGGACGGAAAAGCCAUCGUAGAAUCAAAACCAUCUUCCACAUACGCCAGACUCCGUGUUUGGGAGCCUGAAAAGGAUGAAUAUGUACGACAGUAUCUCUUGUUUCACUAUCAGUUCCACAAAACCCAGGGUUUUGGGAUUGAGUGGGACAAAUUCGAUUACUUUUUCAAUCUUUGUGACCCUUACGAUGGGGCACCACCAAUCAGUGGGACAGAAGAACGGAGCAACGAGGAAGUGAUUAAGGAAGUGACGCUCACGGCCAUUGAUAAAUACAACCAAGAGAAUGGAACAAACCUUGUGUUUGUUGAGCAUGUCUCGGCGAAUUUCUCGUUUUCUGGUUAUUUGGCACACUGGAUCACAUUCUGGGCUAGAGAUAUGUCUUCUCCUUCUCAUGAGUCGAAACUCUAUCAAGUUAAAACAUUAGAGCGUGGUGGUUCGUUUCAGAUUCCCAUUUUCAGGGUCAAGCCGACAGAUGAAGAGAUGAUGGCAGCUCCUAUUCACGUGGAUCCUCCCUUCCCCAUGUAUCACGACAUAGAUAAACCCCCAAUUGUCUUCCGUCUAGCUGGUCCUGGAGAGGUUCCCGUGCCUGGAACCCCCUUUGUUUUCGAUCGAGAUGGCGUUGAAGUUAUCGGGUCAGAUGAAGAUGAAUGAAAACAGUUACAUCAAGAAGACAACAACAUUGUUGUCAAUGAAGUAAAUGAACAGAAAUUGUUCUUGCAUAAGACAAGUUUUGGGUUCCCUUAUUAUAGAUUAAAUGUUUAGAGCCGAGGAGAUAUCCAUUUCAAUUAUUGUAUGUAUAUCCAUCAAAGGGUAUCCUAUCUCUUCCUUACCUUUGUGCCUUGAUGAGCUUUUCUUUCUCUAUGUAUGUCAUUCUGAUUUUUUUUGGAGUCAUACUUGAAAAACAUAUUUAUUACAGUUUGUUACUAACA